CCGCGAUUCGCCAGUUUCGGUCGAACACGCGGCGCGAGCGGUCGUGCCGCCCUCUAUCAGAUAUUCCGCUGAAACUCGCCAUUUAUUUCCGAUCCAAAUGUGCUUUUGAAUGAGACUGUACCAAAAUUGAUGAGACAAAAUGUGCAACGCGCUGUGUUUCGCCCUAAUCGCGCUUUCUGUAAACUUCGUGAAAUCAUGGGACAUCGCUGUCACAUCUGGAGACCAACUCGAGUUCUACACAGGCUCUAACAAAACCAGGUCUGAAAGCGGCCGGCUGCGGGACCUCACCGCCCUGGCCUACGAUGCCGUUCACAACAUGCUGCUCUUCGUCGACAAACAGAACGACAACGCCUCCAUCUUCAACUACAACCUGGCCACCAAGAAAUACCAGCCCCUCGUCCGGAAGGGUCCGACGGAAAACAUUCAGGGCCUCGCUUUCGAUCCAGUACAGAGCCUUCUUUUCUGGACCGAUUUUCAAAAGAGAAGCAUUUACUGGAUCGAUCUGAAACCGGGAUCCAAAAAUGGCGACUACGGAAACCUUCUAAUCAACCUAGGUGACCAACUCCCAAGGGCUAUAGCGGUAGACAGCUGUAGAGGCUACAUAUACUGGACCAACACUAACGUAGCAUCCGGCGCGUCCAUCGAGCGAGCUCGUUUUGAUGGAUCCGAGAGAAAAACGAUUAUAUCUACAAACAUUCAUUUGCCAACCAGCAUAUUUGUGGACCAACAAACGCAGAGACUUUACUGGGCUGAUGACAAAGAAGGCAUCCACUAUUCGAUCGAGAGCUCCGAUUUGGAUGGGACUCCGGAAAGCAGACAGACUUUACACAGCGGCACGGAACAUCAGCCGAAUGCGUUAACCGUCUCUAAUGACAGUCUGUAUUGGGUAGACUGGGGCUUUAGGAAAGUGUGGAAAUUGCCAAAAAAUGCUCGGCAGAACGCGGAACCGGAGGACAUGAUUGAUUUCAAGACCACGCCUUUUGGAAUUGUCGCUAACUACUUAAUAUCAGAUCAGGCUGCCGGAGUUCCUGAAUGCAGCAAUUUACUUCGUCUUUCGCAGAAUACGUCGGCUAUUGACAACUCGUUUGCCGUGCCGCAGGACGCGGGGUUGUUCUGCUUGCACGGCCGCAAGAUCGAGGGACAAGAUGCAUGUACGUGUUCUCCUGGUUACAACGGUGAUCGAUGCGAGACCUCCGUUUGUCAGAACUUCUGCCUCCAAGGCGAAUGCACGUUUGACGCUAAUAAAGGGGAACCCACUUGCAGGUGUCAAAAAGGCUUCACAGGAGCGCGUUGCGAGGUGGACAUGUGCGAAGGUUUCUGCCUGAACAACGGCAUCUGUUCCGUGGAGACCAACUCGCCAGUCUGCACGUGCAUCGGAGACCACACUGGCCACCGAUGCGAAAAGACCGUUGAGACUCCACAUGUGAUUACUGUUAAUGAGCCUUGCAAUUGCACCAAAGACAAGACAACAAAGCUAUCCGCGUUAGAAGUCAGCGACGAAUUUGUGACUGUCCCAUGUAACGACGGCUGGGAUUCCGUACGAGACCCCAUCCUCAUGGUGCUGGGGAUCCUAUGCGGUCUCCUGUGUCUGGUCUGCGCUGUGCUGGUGACGAAGAUCCUGCAUUUGAAGAAGCGGCCAAGAAUAAAGAAACGCAUCAUAGUCAACAAGAACGUGACGCCGCUGACGGCGCGGCCCGACCAGUGCGAGAUCACUAUUGAAAACUGCUGCAACAUGAAUAUUUGCGAAACUCCGUGCUUCGAGCCCAGAAGCACAAUACGGCCAACAUUACUUGACGCAAAACCCGGCAAAGAAGAGAAGAGGAACCUAAUUUCUAAUAUGGAGCAUCCGGACGACUUCUAAAUUUAAUGUGCUUACCAACACCCUAGGAGGCGUCAGGUUUCUAAACUUUACAGAAAAGUUAUAGUCAUACUGAGAAAAUAAACUAUCUAAAGUCAUAAUCAUACAGAGAAAAAGAUUAUUCUGAAAGUAAAGACAAAGGAAUCGAUUAAUAGAUUGUCCUGUGUAUUUAACUUUCAGGAAAAUACACACUAGAUCCUAAGCAUCUGUAUGACUGAAUGUGAGUGUGGAUUUCAGCACAGUGCUAACAUCAUUUUAUUACUGCUAGUCGCUAGUAUUAAAACAAUACGUCAUAUGACGUAUGAAACUUUUGUAUGCUGUGUUUCUCCAUCGGUACACUAUUCCACUUCCGCACAUAGGGGUACCAUAUGCGACCAAUUACCCUGCCAACUAUACAACUCUUUGUGAGGAGGUGUUUUCAUGCCAAUAGUGACGGAAAUCAAUAUGGCGCCUCCUAGGUUUAUCAAGUAAAUGGAUUAUGUUUUUGGCGGAGUCCAAAAUAUUGUGAUAAGGGAUGCGCUGUUAGAUUAUGUUAAUCUGUGGCCAUCGCAGGGCUGUGUUUUGUGAGAUGAUUAUAAUCGGAGUGAUGAGUAACAGUUGCACAAGGCCCUAAAAGAUUGAUUUAAAGAAAUGUCUAUAUUUAUUUGCGAAUCUCUAAUAAUAGCGAGCGCUUUAAUUGGUGCUAGAAAAUUACGUCUCAGUGUUGUGUCACCUAGGUCAAAUGAUGACGUUUUAAAGUUUCAAUUAUUUCCAUCUCUGUCGUUUACAUCAAUUUAAGUUACAUAAUUGGAUUUGAUUUCCAUUUUUUGUGACCAAGGCCUGUGUUAGAGAGACCCCACACUAGCGUCUUCCAAGCGUCUGCGUCUAGUCAACUCUAUGGCUGUUAGUUACUCGUCGCAACGUUGGUGCAACUCCGCAGCGACACUGGUUUCCAUAGCGCUGACUAGAUUACGUAAAGCGGGAUUUACAUUACGAAAUUAGUGACGUUACUUACUAACAGUUUCACGCCACUAAUUUCGUAAUGUAAAUCCCGCUUGACGCUCAAAGGACGCUAGUCUGGGGUUUCACUUAGUACUGCCAUGUAGCAUUCUAAAAAAAAUUAAUUUUAAACCAGUGAAACUUAUUACAAGUAAUAUUCAUGAAUUAUUUUUGAGUGCUUCCCUUUUCAUUUGCUGAACCCAGUCUCUUUAGGGUCCUGUGUGUCAACUGUGAGUGGAAAGGUUAGGCCGAUUCGCAACGUGGAUUCUACUGAAUGUUUUAUUUUAUAUUCAGACAUUUGGGCCAUGAAAAAAUUUUCAAGUAAAAACGGUUUUUACUUAUUGGAUCUUUUUGAGGCUCAGUUAAAUAAAGCUAGCAUGUUUAGGCAAAAAUAAUGCUGAGCUAAACCAUAGUGCCUUUUAAAAAUAAGCAGCAAGAAUGAAUUACGCCUUACAUUAGUAUAUACGGUAAGUUUUUUUACACGUUUUAUUUUUAUUUUUGCCAAAACAUGCUAAGCAGUUUCAUGUGCGUGAUUCGUGAACGUUCCAUUUUCUUUGGUGCCAAAUAUCGAGUAAUUUUAUUUUCCUAAUUUGGUUACCACCAACCGAGGUUAGUAGUACAUAAAUAGAGCAUUUAUAAAUUAAUUGUAUGAUAACGAGCACAUACAAAGUAUGUCUAGUUUAAUUUUACGGAAAAAUAAUUAUUACUGUGUUCCUUUUCUUUCUCUAUGUGCAACACUGCCCGUGCAUUAUUUGCCUUUUUCCCUGACUUACAAACUUUUUUAUUAAAAUAAUUAGACAUAAAAAGAUCAUUCUAAUUUAGUAAAUUAUUAUACCCAAUUGUUAUUUGUUUGUGAGUGUUGCCUAUUGAUGAAUUUUGACAUUUUGUAUCUAUUUAUUAAUAUACUAAAGUCUUACCGGCCAUUUAUAGUUUAUUUUCUUCAAAUUAUUAUAAAUUGACAUGCACAAUAAAUAAAUAAAAUAAAUUCUUCCUUUUAUGUUUAUCUGUUCGUUUUGACACCAUCCAAUUUGUGAAAUUUUAUAAAUUAAUUUUUGUUGGCCAUAAACACAUAAAAAUAUCAGUCAGUAAUCAUCAUGUGUAUAUCCUAAGAUUUUUAUAUUAUUGAUUAUCGUACAUAAUAUACCUAUGAAGAGUAUGAAGGGUUUCGGUGUACUGUAAUUUGUAUAUUAUACGUCAUUUCUAACUAUAAACUCAGCCUAAUGUAACACUUAGCCACCACAAAACCAUGUCUAAUUGAAAAAUAAAAAUCUUUCAUUUUGAUUAGUUCGAUUUGACAUAGUUCAAUCAUGGCAUAGCGUUAUAUCAGGUUGACUGUACUUUGUUGACUAUUUGUAAUACCGAUGUUUGAGUUUAAAUGUGUAGCAAACAAAUAUUAGGUAUUCUAUUAUCAUUAGUUCGUAGGAAAUGUCGCAAGCAUGGCUCAUACUGUCCUAUUUUCUAGUAGGUAAAUUACAGAAAAGAGCAUAACUCUUCUAUGGACUAUUGAUAGCCAUCGGAAAGUUUUUUAAAUUUUUAAAUUGACCACAUGAAUAAAUUUCGGAACUUCACACAUUUUCGUACGGGAAAUUAAAUUUUCCAUUCCAAAAAUGAAACAUUACUUGUUAUUAGAAUAGAAAUUUAUUUUUGUAAACUUUCCAGAACUUUCUUACGUACUAUGGACUAAUGAUAUUGAUGUGUAGUUUUCUUCAGAACAUGCCUCUCUUAUAGAAAAUGUAUUAUUUACUGAUAUUUAGCUUGGCUUGACAAUACAAACUUUUUGGUAUUUGCAGGUUUCUGUAAGUACUUAAACGAACAAAGCCCAUGUUGUUAAAUAAAAAGAGAAAUCGUAUUCCUAUCUUAGGUGCUUAUGUCAACUUUUAGAACACAUAUCUAUUUCUGAAUACAUGUUAAAUAAUAAUGAGUAAUUGUCUUAAAAUUGCAAAAGAUCUAUUAUACUAAUGUUCCGAUCGUGUCUAUUACAACACAUAAUAUAAGUCUAUUGACUAUAAAACGCAUUGUCUUAAUAGUCAAUAGAUUUGUCUAGUUUUAGCCGCUAUAGUUUCAAAGUAAAUGAAGAUCGGAUCAAUGCAGCUAACAUUGACAUGAUGGUUAAGGAUUUUAAGGGCGUGGGUGACGAUCCGACGCCACUGGCAUAAUAGUUUUAUGAAAUAUAUUACCUAAUGCCAAAAAAAUAAUAAAAAUGAUAAAACUACAAAAUAUCAGGCUCAAAUUUUUGUAGUAUGUUUUGUGAAAAGAACAAAUAUUUGAAUAUGUUCCUACAGUACAAGUAGCGAAUAUAGGUACAUCUCUAUGAGGUGUCUAAGAUUACUGCUUUAGCGCUAUUCAUGCUAACUUACAUUUUAUUUCUAUGGGCCAUUUGACUUACCUAAUACCUGUCCUUUUCGGCUUAUAAUUUAAGAAAUCAUGUUCCUAUAACUUAAAUUUAUUUAUCAAUUUACCUCAGUAUAAUAUUUACUGAAACAAUGAAUUCUAAAACAGAAUUUAAACUAAUUUUAGAAUCUCAGUUGCUGCUACUUAUAAAAUGUACUUAUCUUUUGUUUUCAUUUUCGAAGAGGCACUUGAGAUGCAGUGAUUAGGUUAGUGAUGCUACACAGCCUAAAACUUAUUGUUGGUACUUAGUGGCAAAUAAUAGGGUAGUUUUAGUAUUAGUUUAGUUCGUGGAUUGAUAAUAUCCACAUCAGAAAUGUGAUAUUAUUGAGUCUUUGUAUAAGCCUCCAUUAGAAUAAUGUUUUAUUAUAAAGAAAUAAAAGUGCUU